CUAUUGUGUAUACGACUAGUGUUGCAGAAGCUACUUGCUAGCAGUAGAUGGCGUAAUAGAUAGUGAUUCAUAUUGGUGAUAAUUAUAUUUUAAAAAAUGCCCAAACGUUGGUCGAGCUUCUUGCUGAGGCUUGUCCUGGUAGUAUGCAUAUCGCCAGGUGGUAACGUACGAGGUGAACGGAAACUCCUACCAGUGCCGGCUUCCCGAUUCAGCCUCGAUGCAAGUGGUCAGUCUUGGCCACAUGUGCGGCAUUCUGGUUCUGGAUGCGAACAGUUUGAAAAGUGUGUCCCGGCCGCCAGGUGUACCGUGCAAACUUCCGGUUCAGCUAGCUUGCGCCCAUGUAUUACGGAGUUCAAUACCGACGGGAUAUGCUGUCAACGCAGCGGUUCUCCACCAAGACUGCAAAAGCGUUCGCAAGACUUCGAAACCGUGUCGCACAAUGCCAUUCUUGAAGGUCAUCGCGAAUACGCCGCAACACAAAAGGCAAUCAACAAAAAUCGAAAAUUUAUGACAUCCAAAACUGAAUCGGCAGCACCCUUUCAUCACUUUCUACAAUUUGCCCAUCCGAAUGGCGACACCGAAGACGGAAUCUACGAAAACAUCUUCGCUGCCAAGCACUUUGCCGAGCUAACCAACAUGACCUUGGACGAGCGUCAACGUGAUCAUUUUCAAGCCCGGACCAAGCGUUGCCUUAAACCGGUUCGGUGUGAUCAUCGCUGUCCAUAUCGCUCUUUUGACGGCACGUGCAACAAUCUGCACCCGGAUCGGACCAGCUGGGGUGCGGCCGGACAUCCGUUCGAGAAGUUGCUGCCGCCGGCCUACGAGGACGGUGUAUGGGCCGCAAGGACUCACUCCGUUACGGGACGACCUCUGACGAGUGCGCGUACAAUCUCGGCGUCGUUGCUGCCGGACAUUGACCGGCCCCAUCCUCAGCUGAACCUGCUUACGAUGCAGUUUGGACAGUUUGUCGCCCACGACUUUACGCGGAGUUCCAGCAUAAAGCUAGGUGACAAAGACAUCGAGUGCUGCGCCGAGGGAGGAUCGCACGCUCUUCAGGGUGACCAGCGCCACUUUGCGUGCCUCCCGAUCGAGGUCAGACCGGAUGAUCCGUUCUUUUCAAAGUUUGGCGUUCGCUGCCUGAAUUUUGUCCGACUGGCACUGGCGGGAGAUCCCGAGUGUCGGCUGGGCUACGCCAAGCAGCUCAGCAAGGUUACGCACUUCAUCGACGGAUCUCCGAUAUACGGAUCUAACGAGGAGUUGGCACGGUCGUUGCGCACGUUCCAGAAGGGUCAGCUGCGUAAUUCUUUUCCGUUCGGCAUUGAAGAACUUCCACUGAAUCAGGAUCCGGGAGUGUGUGAACCAUGGGCCCAAGUUUGCUUCGAAGCUGGCGACGAUCGUGUCAACCAGGUCGUCUCGUUGGUGCAGGUUCAGGUGUUGUUCUUGCGGGAGCACAAUCGCGUGGCGGGAAUUCUGAGCCACGUCAAUCCACACUGGAACGAUGAGACUGUUUAUCAGGAGGCACGGAAGAUCGUCAUAGCGGAACUCCAGCGGAUCGUCUACAACGAAUACCUUCCGCUGGUCGUGGGAUGGGAUAAGGCAAAGCAGUACGGUCUACUGGAUGAGCGGGACGGGUUCACCGAGCAGUACAGCUCGGACAUCAAACCUGUUGUGCUGAGCGAAGUUAGUGGAACUGCUUUCCGCUUUGGACACUCCACAGUGCAGGGGCACUUCCGCAUCCAGCACCGUCACGCCCCCACCGAAACGGUCCCUCUCCACCGAACCUUCAACGAUCCGUCCCGGGUGCUGACUCCGACCAGCUUUGACGAUUAUCUGUUUUCGCUCGGUGCCCAACCGCAACAGCAAGUCGAUCCAUCCAUCACCCUGGGCCUCACCGGGUUCCUGUUUGCCGGACAAAACCCAUUCGGAUCGGAUCUAGCGUCGCUCAACAUUCAGCGAGGUCGCGAUCACGCCCUGAGACCGUACAACGAUUAUCGUACCUGGGCAGGCCUGCCCAAGAUUCAAAGCUUUGAAGAACUCGGUCACGCUGGCGCUAAGCUGGCUCAGGUCUACGAGAGCCCGGAUGAUAUCGAUCUCUUCGUGGGAGCGCUUGUGGUUGAGUCCGGGUCCAAAAAUAGCCUGGUUGGAGAAACCUUCGGUCAUCUGAUCUCGGAGCAGUUCGCUCGGCUCAAGUAUGGCGAUCGGUUCUACUACAAAAAUGGACCAAAGGUCAACCCGGGUGCGUUCAAACCACACCAGUUGGAGCAGAUCCAGAGAGUUAGCUUGGCCGGAAUCAUCUGUGCCAAUGUGGAUCGGCGUUUUGAUUUCUACCAAGCUCCGAGGGCCUUUUUUAAGUCGGGGCUGGAUAAUGAACCGAUUUCAUGCGAAAAGUUCCAUGGACUGGACCUCAGGGCAUGGAAAGAUUAGGUGCCAGCUUUAACAAUUGUUCAUUGUUUGUUUUGAAAUGUGUUAUUUUCUUCAUGAAAAUGUUAUAUCUGUUCAAUGAUAUUUUAGUAAGUUAAGUAGCGUCCAAAGUUUGUCAUUGUGUUAAACGUACCAAAUAAAAACACAACUUCAAACCCCCAA